AUGAGUCCCUUAGCUAAGAAUCCUAUCGCAAACCUUCUCGGCAAGGGCGGCCCCAGCCUCUCGCAGUACGGCGACGACUCUCUUGCGACGAAAGAGGCGGUCAAGUCCGGGAUCCUCGCCGACUUCGCCGGGAUGGGGAAGGAUAUUCCCAAGGAUGCGCUGGUCAUCAUUGAAGCUUUGGCGGCCGCCAUCAAGAAGGAGCCGAUUGAUGAUAGGGAGCUUAUGAUGGAGAAACUCAUCGGACUGGUUUCACACAUGCCCCGGUCAUCGGAGAAUCGAACCCUCAUCACUGGGGGGUUGGUCGGACAGCUGUUCGACUCGCUCCAGCAUCCGCCAUUGACUUACGUGGGCGAGAAAUUCCAAUACCGUGAUCCCGAUGGGAGGUACAAUAACAUAAUGUCUCCCGAUCUCGGCAUGGCCGGAGCUCCGUACGCACGCACUAUCCGUGGAGAGAAGAUGAUGACUGGCGCGAAGCCAGAUCCCGGGCUUCUAUUUGAUCUCCUGAUGGCGCGCGGUAAUAACACCAAAGAGAACCCGGCCGGCCUCUCCAGCAUGCUGUUCUACCACGCCAGUAUCAUCAUCCACGACAUCUUCCGAACCAACAGACAGGAUCCAAACAUCAGUGACACCAGUUCAUAUCUGGACCUAUCGCCACUCUACGGCAAGAACCGUGAAGAGCAGUUGGCGAUCAGGACGAUGAGUGAUGGCCGGAUCAAGCCGGACACGUUCGCGGAGAAGAGACUUCUCGGCCUUCCUCCGGGAAACUGUGUGAUGCUGGUUAUGUACAGUCGGUUCCACAAUCAUGUGGUGGAGAAACUGGCGGCCAUCAACGAAGGUGGUCGAUUCUCCCUUGACCGCCGAAUGUCCCCCGAGGCAGCGGCAGCAAAUAGGGAUGAAGACUUGUUCCAGACCGGUCGCCUUGUGACUUGCGGACUCUACAUCAGCAUCAGUCUUCACGACUACAUCCGGGCUAUCGGCAAUCUUCCGCACUCAUCGAGCGACUGGACGCUCGACCCGCGCAUGGAGGUUGGCCCCUCGGUCUUCGACAAGGAUGGCACUCCUCGCGGCAUCGGCAGCCAAGUCUCGGUAGAGUUCAACCUGCUGUACCGCUUCCACUCCGGCGUCUCGAAGCGAGAUGAGAAAUGGACCGAAGAGUUCUACCGCCAGCUGUUCCCCGUCACGGAUCCCAAGCACGUCUCGCUCCCGCAGCUGCUAGAGGGCCUAGCGAUAUUCGAAAAGUCCACUUCGGAUACGCCUGUCCACGAGCGGUGUUUUGGAGGGCUCAAGAGGCAGGAGGAUGGCUCGUUCAAUGAUGCGGACCUAGUCAAGAUUCUGAAGGAGAGCAUUGAGGAUCCGGCGGGUGCGUUCGGUGCAAAUAACGUACCCGACAUCUUGAGGCACGUGGAGAUUCUCGGAAUCAAGCAAGCCAGAAAGUGGCAGGUUGCUUCGUUGAACGAGUUCAGGAAGUUCUUUGGCUUGAAGGAGCACAAGACUUUUGAGGACAUCAACCCGGAUCCUUAUGUUGCUGAUACACUGAGGAAACUCUACGAUCAUCCUGACCUGGUGGAGAUGUACCCCGGAAUGUUCCUCGAGGAAUGCAAACCUCGAAUGGAUCCGGGGAUGGGACUAUGUGGCCCCUACACGGUCACUCGGGCUGUCUUCAGCGACGCCGUCUCGCUCGUUCGUGGCGACCGUUUUUAUACACUGGACUACACCGCGCAGAACUUGACCAGCUGGGGCAUAUCCGAAGUGGCACCGGACUUUGAGUGCAUGAGCGGUGCGAAGAUGUCGAUGCUGAUCCUGAACGCCUUCCCCAAGUGGUUCAAGUACAACUCGGUGUAUGUGGUGCAGCCGUUCUUCACGCCAGCGGAGAACAAGAUCAUCUUCACCAAGUACAAGGAGAUGGACAAGUAUUGCUUUGAUCCGCCAACGCUGCACAAGAAUCCUAUCCCAAUGCUCUCUCACGCCGCCGUCAAAGCGGUGCUGAAGGAUUCCAUCAACUUCCAAGUGCCGUGGGGUACGGCGAUGGGCUACCUGAUGGAGGGCAGCUUCAUGCUGGGGUACGAUGGCGAGAAGAGUGUGCAGCAGCACCGUGACGUGGCGAAGGCUCUGUUUUCUCUCCCGGAUUACCAGACCAAGUUCAAGUCGCACACCGAGAAUCUGAUCAUCAAGUUGCUCAAUCGCGAGAGCUACACGCUAGGACGGGACCCUGAGUAUUACCAGGUCGACGUCGUGCGCGAUAUCGGAAAUUUGACAGCGAUGUACUUUGCGUCAUCGCUCUUCUGCCUCCCGCUCAAGUCCGACGACAACCCGCACGGCUGCUUCAACGAGCGCGAGCUAUUCAAGACUAUGUCCGACGCCAAUAUCUACAUCUUCUUCGAUCACGAUCCGACCAAGACGUGGGCUCGCCGGCGCCGCGCCAAAGCCGGAAUCGACGCACUCGCGAAGAAGAUGUUGCCUACCAUCGAGCAGCUGCACAACGUCCCGGGAUUGGGACUAAUCCACGGCGUCAAGAACACCCUCGAGGCGGCCCUCCACCCGGCCAAGAGCUCCCUAGCGGAGUACGGUAAGACGUUUGUCAAGUCGUUGUUCAAGCAGGGGAAUUCGCCGAAGGAGGUGACCUGGAUCUUGAUCUGUCUCUCCUUGGCCUUUGUGGCCAAUUCCGCUCAGGCUUUCGCUCAAAUCGUCGACUUCUACCUCGACGACAAAAACGCCGAGCACCUAAUCGAGAUCCAAAAGCUCGCGGCGAAGGGCGAUGCCCAGUCCGAAGACAAGCUGAUGCGGUACGCGCUCGAAGCCAACCGUCUCACCAACACCACGGGGCUGUUCCGCAACGUCGUCGGCAAGACGACCGUGACCGACGGCACCCGCACGCACAACGUCAAUCCCGGCGACGAGGUCUUCUGCAGCUUCGUAGCCGCCGGCUGCGAUCCCGCCGUUUUCCCCGAUCCCAUGACCGUCAAACUCAACCGUCCCCUCGACAGCUACAUCCAGUGGGGCGACGGCCCGCACCAGUGCCUGGGCCGCACCGUGAACAUGAUCCAGGACAUGUGCCUCCUCAAGGUCCUGGGCAAGCUCAAGAACUUCCGCCGCACGCCUGGCGACGAGGGCGUGCUGAAGUUCAUUCCUAAGACCGGCGGGAUAAAGCUGUAUCUCACGCCCGACUGGAGCGAUUUCGGGGCUUAUCCUACUACCAUGAGAGUCCAGUUCGAUGGCCCCCUACCGUCGCCCACAAGCACGUGACGGGACGAGUCCCCGGUCCAAGAGGUAAUGCAGACUUCCGCCGCCAACAGGAGGAGAAGGACGAAGGAGUUGAGGAGGAGGAGUGGCUGGUGGGGUGCGGGAGUUUUGCUGCUGGGCUGCGGGGCGUAUUACUUGACAUUGCUUGUCAGUGGGAGUGGGAUUGUGAGUGGGAGUGUGAGUGAUCUGUGGGGUGGG